AUGUAAUUGGUAAGUUACAGUCCGAUUUGGGAUUAGGCAGCAAUAUAUUAUGGAAUUCCACCAUAAGACUUGCAAUGGAUAGGCAAUAUGUAUUAUAUCACUUUUUUUGUUUUGGCUCCUUUUUGUAUAAAACCAUUAUUGGUAAGACUGGAUUUAAGUUUGCAUCUGAUUGGAGUAAUAAGUGCUAUAGGGUAAUAGAGUUGAAUAAUAAAAUUGAAGGGCAUGGAUAAUUUGGAUUGGAGGAUAAUCAUAUUUAAUGACAAUGAUAGGUUUAUUUAUAAUCGGAAUUAGCGAUGCUAUGAUUUUAAUAGUUCCAGUUUGUAAUUAAAAUGUACAUUAUGAAGUUCUCUCUGAAAAAUGGUUCUCCAUCUUUGAAAGAUUGUUGGCAACUAGUCUAGGUAGUUUCUUUCAGUAUAUUGGAAUGGCAUUUGCGUACGGAUUUUCAUCUUUUUAUUUUAAAAUAACGGAUGAACAGAGUGUGGUGAACACAAAAAUAGAAGAAAUGAAUCUAAUGAUUGCCAUAUUUAAUACAGUUGGAGCAAUUCUUCUUUUGAUGUUUUUGAGGAAUAGACCUCCUCAUCCAGCUUCAAAUUCAGAUGUAACACAUAUAGAUGUAAAUAAAGAAUAUAGUCAAAGACACAAUUUGGAAAUCUACAGUAAAGAUGUUAACAAAAGAAGAAUCAGUAAUUGAUUUAAUGGCACUUGGAAUCUGUAAAUUUAUUAAAUUAUAAAAGUCAUUGGAUUGGGUUGGGUGUAUACUACUAUCAUAUCUUUUGAGAUGUAUCCUUAUGGUUAUACUCAAGUAUUUCAGUAAUUAGUAAACUUUAGGCUGAAGUUGCAAUAAAUGGGACUGUUUAUUAGAUUUCUGGAGUGGCAGUUGGUUUGUGGGCUUCGAUGAAAUUGGAUUCAUAAGCUAAAUAGGGAAUACAACCUGAUUAUGAUAGAUACAUCAAGAUCUUCACAACCAUAGGGAUGAUCACUUUGAUUUUCGAAGCAUUCGUCAUCGAAUAUCUAGGAUUCUGGAUGUUGCUUUUCGUUAACUUUGCGAUGGGUGUGGGUCUAAAUUCGUUUUAUCCUAUAGCUAUAUAGGCUUACGUUGAAAAAUUGUACCCUGCCACAGAAUUAGUAUUGGUUACUGGUUUGUUGUGUUUGGCUAAUGUAUUCAUAAUUAAAUUAAAGUGA